UCCUCAAGACCCAAACCUUAGCAAAAAAUGGCUACAUCAUACAAAAAGAAAAAUCAAAGUCGAUGUAAAAAGCGCUACGGUGACACCUGGACCAUCUACAUCUGUUGAUGGGGAAAAGCGGAAAAGUGCUUACGAAAAAAAGGCAAAGGGCUCAACUUAUCCCCUAGAGUUUAAACCUGCUCCACAGAACAUACUAAAAUAUAGAUAUCAGAUUUAUUUGAAGUUUCCCUCAUAUCAAACUUUGUUAUCGUAAUGUUGGCAGCGAACAAUAAAACAACAAAAGAUUCAAAAUUGUUGACGGUGGUUGUCAGGCAAAAAAAUGAAGAAAAUCAGGUAAUGUAACGUCACACACAUAUACUUUUUACACAUUUGUAUCGUUUUCAUAAAAAAUUCACAGAUGAAACCGUUCGACUAUGCAUACCACGACUUUGCGAGGAAUUUUCCCAGAUCCAAAACCUGUUUCUAGAAGAAAUUUCAUCAAAGAAAAUGUCAAAUCCAUCAAACAGAUGCAGAAUCUGCUACAGGAGGCUGGAGUAAUUCAGCCUAGAGCUACAAGGGCAGACAAAUAUCAGAAUGUACCUCCUUUGUUAAAGUCUAGGGAUAUUACACCAAGUAGGCAUCACAGUUCAUCAACAGACAACACAAAAGCACAUCAUUUAACCAAGCAGCCAUUAAAGAAGCCACCUGCGGCAAACCAAAAAGCAAAGCAAGAUCAGGUGCAAAGAACCAAAGCAAAAUCCACAUUAGAGGUCAAUGACAGGUUUACUAGUAGGGCAAUACAGACAGAGAGAACAGAUGACCUGAACAGGUUGUAUGAAACUGGAGUAAUCAAGUAUCCAAGCCCAGGGUUGGGCAGAAGUGAUGAAAGUACAAAGCAUUCACCAACAAGAGUCAAGAGCUAUGGGGACACUAUUGAAAAUGAUAUGCAGAGUUUAGAUUUAGAAGAAAAAGACUACAUAAAGAAAAACAUGACCAACCUGCAGCCCAAACAGCUAAAACCUGCUGCGAGCAAAGUACCUGCACAAGCACCACCUAGUUAUCAAAGAGGUGUAGUACCAAAGUACCUGAGAGAUAGAAAACAGGAUGAGCAACCGGAUCAUAGUGACGAGCCGUGUCCAGAGGGGCAUGUUCUUUUGCCGGAGGAGGAGAGGAAAGAGACUUUGAGGGUGUUGAGACAAAGUUAUGCUGAUCGCAUCCAAGAACUGAACUCGCUGCCAGUUCGCAGCGACACUUUACGGGUAAAAAAGCGGAAAAUGGACAUUGAGGAGGAUUUGAAGAGGAUAGAUGCAGGAAUCAAAGUGUUUCAGAGGCCAAAAGUUUACGUUAAAAUUAACGCGUGAUCGCUAAUGGCUCGAAAAAAUUUUUUGAUUUGUAAAUUAUUUUUGUGCAAUUGUACGUCCGUCCAAUGUUGUGUGUGGCUGCAUUAUAUUUAUAUGUAAUUUAGCUUAUACAUCAAAUAUACAAAGUGAGACUUGAA